AGUGGUGUUAUAUAAGAACGGGGUACUAAGAUGUAUCUUCGGGAAUUGACAACCAUCAAGUGAUGAGGUAUAAUAGUACUGUGCACGUGGUGCUCUCAUUAUAUCGUGGCCAAGUGUUUGAUAAGCAAGCAAGCUUUUCACUAUAGAUGCUGAAAUUAAUCAAGUGUUUACUGUCACAAAAUGCUGUUUUCGGAUGUCGAACGUGUAGGAUCUCUUCAAGGUUAUGAUUACCUUUAAAGUUUCUCUUCGAGUCAAGGAAAGCGCAGUGCGGUCCCACCUGCAAAAGGCAACAAACAGGUAAUCACAGCAAUGAGACUCUACGAUAAACUCAACAAGAGUAGUCAUGUAUUAUUCUUCCAAGCAGAUACUACAAGCAUUUUUGGGAACAUAUUAAUGAGAAAUGUCGCUUGAACCAGUUACCGAUGAUUAUUAUAUGAUUCUUGAAGUGGUGCAAACAGCUACGCUCGAUCAGAUCACGAAGUCUUACAAACAGCAAGCGCUAAAGCUUCACCCAGAUAAAAAUCCCAGGCACGAUGCUACUGAAGCUUUUCAACUGGUACGUCCAUUUUCAGGCCUAGGCUAAUUCGACUUGUCAAUUGUCGAGAUUUAUAAGCUGAGGUUGAAUAUUGAAGCUUGGAAAAGCCUACGAAACGCUGAGGGACGAAGCAAAACGCCAAGCCUAUGACCUUAUUUACCCUUACAUACCAAAAGUUUGUUCUCCGCCUCAAGCUAGACAGAAUCCUCCAGCCAAACAGACAUCUCCAACUCAAAAUUCAGAGGCCUCCUCCCCUCAAGCCGAACAAAAACCUCACACUCGAAAAUCAGAGACACUGAGUGAGACGGCACAAAUCGCUAUUCUCCAAAAGUUUAAACGAGAACGUGAAGCAGAAUGGCAGGCCUUGAAAGAUUCCUAUGACUCAUCAAUCUUGGAGCUGCAGACGGAAAUCCAAUGGCUGCAACAGGAAAUCAAGAAUCUGGAUAACAUUGAAGCAUUCGAGGCGAGGAAAAAGGCACGAGAGAACAGCUGGGGAACAUGGCUCGUGUCGCCCAAAGGCAAAAAGGCAGAGGACGUCGACAAGGAGGAGGAGAAAGAACACAAGGACAUAGAGAGGCAAAAGAGAGGAAUUGAGAGAGAUUGGAAGAAGAUGCGAUUGGAAUUGGCGAGGGCACUUUUGAAGGAAUUGGAACGUCUAAUCAAAAACGCUGAGAAGGAACAUGAUGCUGAGGAUCUCGAAGAUGAUCUAAAAAUGGGGAAUCUAUAUAAGAUUUGGUCUAGAGAAGCUGAGGAGAAACAAGAGAGAGAGAAAAUGGAAAAGGGAAAAAAUUCUGGAGAAAUGCAAGGGAAGGAGAGAGUAGAGCUAGAGAGUACAUCGAAAAUUUGGAAACAGGAGCAGGAGAAGCAAAAGAAGGAAGAGGGGGAGUCGUUGAGGAAACAAGAGAAAGAGAACAAAAAUUAGUAGAGACAUAUUGAUAACACCAAAAGAAUUCAGGA